AUGGAAGGACCCCAGUUUUUCCAAAGCACCUUUUCCUCGCAAUUCCCCUGCGACAACAAGACCAAUAACGCCGACCAAUUCAUCGUUGAGGACCUCCUAGAUUUCUCCAACGACGACGCUAUCAUUAGCGACGCCACCUUCCACGACUCUGUCCCCGGAAACUCCACCGAUUCUUCCACCUUCACCGCCGUUGAAAGCUGCAAUUCCUCCUCCUUCUCCGGCUCCGACCCCAACACCCUUGCCGACGUCGGUUGCCGGAAUCUCUCCGACGAGCAUUUCUCCGGUGACCUAUGCGUUCCGUAUGAUGAUUUAGCGGAGCUGGAAUGGCUUUCGAAUUUUGUGGAGGAAUCCUUUUCAAGCGAGGACCUGCAGAAGUUGCAGCGGAUAUCAGGAAUCAAGGCGGGAAACGACGACGUAUCAGAGGCCCGUGAGUUCCAUUCCGAGCCCAACCGAAACAGCCCAAUAUUCAACCCAGAAGUGUCGGUUCCAGCCAAGGCGCGCAGCAAGAGGUCCCGCGGGCCCCCAUGCAACUGGACCUCACGCCUUCUCGUCCUCUCCCCAACGUCAUCGUCUUCGGAGCCCGACGUCGUCGUUCCAACCCCCGCUCCACCCGUUCCCGUCACCACCAAAAAGCACGCAAAGGCCACUCCGAGGAAGAAGGACAGCGGCGACGGCAGUGGCGGAGACGGGCGCAAGUGUUUGCAUUGCGCUACGGACAAGACUCCACAGUGGCGGACCGGGCCCAUGGGCCCGAAGACCCUCUGCAACGCUUGCGGCGUGAGGUACAAGUCGGGGCGGUUGGUGCCCGAGUACAGGCCCGCAGCAAGCCCAACGUUCGUGCUGACAAAGCACUCGAACUCGCAUCGCAAGGUGCUGGAGCUGCGAAGGCAGAAGGAGAUGGUGCGGGCCCAGCAGCACCAGCCACAGCAGUUCCUACCACACCAUCAUCAGAACAUGAUGUUUGACGUAUCCAACGGUGAGGAUUACUUGAUCCACCAACACGUGGGGCCCGAUUUCAGGCAGCUGAUCUAG